GAUCCCGGCCAGACAGUUCGAGUCAGAAGCAGCGCGCGUGAGUAAGCCUUUUCACGAAGUUUUUUGUUGUGCUAGGUGACCCAUAUUCCGGGAUCAUCUUAGCUGGGUCAGAAUAGUGUGUGAAAUGAAGUUCUACGCUGUGUUUUCACCGGUGAUUCUAACGGUAAUCGUGCUACUUAGUUUGUGUGUUCCUGGUGGAACAGGAUUAUCGACCGUUCCACGAAAUUCGGACGUACUCAUAGUAGAUCCUGAUAUACCCACCGAGGCUAUUCCGGAUGAUGUGGCCCAGCAGAGCGUGCCUGUCGAUGAGCCAGUAUCGUACGAGGGAGCCCAGCUUUGGCGGGUAGAUUUCGAUGACCAACGGAAAAAGAAUGCCGUGGCAGAGUUGCAAGCGAAAUUUGAUGGCGCCAUGUGGGCCUUCAAUGCCACCUCCGUGGACAUCUUUCUGAAACACCCAAAGCUAGCCGGUGCCCGCAAACUUCUACGAAGAGCGAAAAUUUCCUUCGAUGUGGUGAUCGAUAAUAUGCAAAGAGCAAUCGAACAGGAAAAUCCUCCAAAGGACCAACUGGAGCUGUGGGAAAACCGCGACGGACAUCACAUGACAUGGACGGCCUACCAUCGGUUGAACGACAUUCACGAGUGGAUGGAAUAUUUGGGUAAAACCUACCCAGAUCUGUGUAGCACCAAAAGCAUCGGAAAAUCCUUCCAGGGCCGCGAUAUGAAGGUACUUCGCAUAUCCAAUGGAAACCCGUCGAACUCGGCCGUCUGGAUAGACGGUGGAAUUCACGCUCGCGAGUGGAUCAGCCCAGCAACGGUAACCUACAUUAUUAACCACUUGGUUGAGGAAUGGGACGAGCAGCCAGAGUACAUCCGAAACAUCGAUUGGUACGUGCUCCCGGUUCACAACCCUGACGGCUAUGAGUUCACUCACCAAUACGACCGACUGUGGCGUAAAAAUCGUCGGAGCGCAAUAUAUGGACGCUGCGCCGGUGUUGAUCUUAACCGUAACUGGGGUCAUAAAUGGGGUGGCCAAGGAUCGUCAAAGCAACCGUGUUCGGAAAUUUUCGCCGGAUCUGGAGCAUUUUCCGAACCGGAAACAAAGGCAGUUCAAAGUUUCAUGCAAACUUCAGCCGCCAAUUGGAAGGGUUUUCUAACGUUCCACAGCUACGGCCAGUACAUUCUCUAUCCUUGGGGCUACGACCGAACGGUUCCAUCAGAUCAUGAAGAUUUGAAGAGAGUGGGAGACGAAGCGGCACAGCGAAUGAAAAAACUAGGAGGUGCUCAAUAUACGGUCGGCCCCUCAGGGGACACACUCUAUCCUGCGUCUGGAGGCUCGGAUGAUUGGGCGCGUGGGGUAAUGAACAUAAAAUAUGCCUACACUGUUGAACUAAGAGACACCGGCCGGCAUGGAUUUGUACUACCAGCAAGCCAAAUUCAACCAUCGGGAGAAGAAUCACUAUUAUUCAUAGACUCUAUCGCUAGCGCUAUAUCAAAAUUGUGAAUUGCUCACCUUUUGAAUAAACUUAUAUUUUAACUGAA